CUAGAAUGCGACGUACAUUUUGCGUACUUGACGAUAGUGAAGGGCAUACAUAGCAAUUAAGAAUAGUAUUCCUGUACAAAUGGCAACGCUGCUGACGACAUAGCGAUCGAUAAUCACCAACGAAGGAAAUUAAGACAAUUGAACUCUUUAAGUGUAACACAAUGCAAAAAUCGCAGACUGCUAACCAGACGUGGUCAUUUCACACAAGUGACAGUGGUAAUUCUAAUAAUUUAUGGCCAGAGCUUUGUCAAAUGAAUCAGGUCAAAUGUUCUGUACGCAAAAAAGAACCAACAGAUACAGAAGAAAGAAUAACAAACUUGGAUGAUUCUGAAUAUCCUGAAUUAAGCAGUUCAAUGAUCGGUAAUAAGAAUUGUCUAACAAUGAGAAAACAAGAUUUGUCACAGCCUAUUAUUGAAAUUUUUACACCAACACAAUUAAACAUGGAACCAAAGAGGCCAAAAAGGUUCAAGAGAACAGACAAAAUCUGCAUUAACCUUCAAGAAGCUUUGCAGGACACCAGAUGCACAAAUAAAAUUAAUAACAGAGCAUUACCAAAAUUCAGAAUUAAUAUUUAUAAGGGGACUCCCGGUAUAAUAUCGUCAAAUAUUGUCGACAGAAACAAAAUUUCCAAUUUGAAAAAAGUUAGGAUAUGUAUUUCCAGAGAUAAGAAACCCUCAAAAUUGAAAAGAAUUAUUUUAUUAAAUCGUGAUAUCAGAGCACAUAUAAAUACGCAAAAACGAGAGGCUUUCGAACGUGAGAAAAUGCAGGCUAUUUGCCAAGAUGUCGAUAAUAUUAAUUUCAACGCUUUAAAAAUUACUGCUGAUCCUGAGAUAGACCUAAAUUAUGUUAAACGUAUGUGUACGAUGACACUGUACGGUAAAGAUUAUGGAUCUAGAAAUGUGGAACAUAUUCCUGAAAGUUCUGUAUAUCACAGACCAGAUGUUAUCAAGAAGCUAAAUAAUCUUUGCAUUCAAGGAAAAUGUAUGUCAGUUGAAAAUAGUAAUGAUCAAACUACUUAUGAAAUAUGCGACGAUAUAGUUGAAAAUAGUAAUGUUCAAACUACUUAUGAAAUAUGCGACGAUAUAGUUGAAAAUGUUAUAAAACGUACAUUUUCCCUUGACAUAAAAGAAGAUAUUAAACAAGAAAUUAAAGACGAACCUAUGAGUAACACUAAAUCAGACAUUAGAAAUUUUGUAAUACAUUCUCGAAAUUUUAGAGAAUACUGCACGAACAUGUUAACACCAAGCUUGACGAAUAGCCUAGAGAUACUUCUACGAGAAAUUAAAAGACUUCAAAAAAGGCUGCACGAGAAAAAUCCGAACAAAUCCAGAUAUAAACGGCGUUACUAUGCCGGUUUGAAGGAAGUCCGGAAGCACGUUGAAUUAAAGAAAAUUAAAUUUGUGAUUAUCGCACCUGACCUUGAAAAAGUUGAACUCGAAGGUGGAUUGGACGAUCAAGUUGACAAAUUGCUCGAAGCAUGCAAGAUACAGAACGUGAUUUACUGUUUCGCUCUGGGUAGACGGAAAUUAGGAUAUUAUUCUCACGGAAAAGGACUCGUAGGCUGUAUCGGUGUCGCAAAUUACAGCGGUGCCGAAGAACUUUUCAAAAACGUUUUAAGAGAACUGAUGCACGCCCGGAACACAUUCAAACAACUGAGUGGCGCGACGAACGCCAUCAUCGAUCUAUCGAAAUUAAUUUCGGACGAUUAUCUGCUCUCGGAAAAUAUUACCACUCUUAUAAACGUUUUAUCGCCUAAUUAUAUACAUUGCAACGUGCAUUCCUAAAGAAAAUGUAUUUAGAAGUGUAGUUUAAAAAUGUAU